UCGAUAUCCUUCUAUAUAUUAUUCGUAAUUCAUGGUAUUUAUACGGUUCCGGUUAGGUUCGGCCUCAUUCUUUCUUUCAGCGUUCAUCCUACGAGAAGUCGAGGAAGCAUAAAACCACAAAAAUGGUAGCUCAAAAGAAACAGAAAAAGGCUCAGGAGAGCAUCAACACCAGAUUAGCACUCGUCAUGAAAUCUGGUAAAUACGUCCUUGGUUAUAAACAAACUCUGAAGUCACUCCGCCAAGGCAAAGCUAAAUUGGUCAUCAUUGCUAGCAAUACGCCACCGCUAAGGAAGUCGGAGAUUGAAUACUAUGCAAUGUUAGCGAAGACUGGUGUGCAUCAUUACACGGGGAAUAACAUCGAACUGGGUACAGCUUGUGGUAAAUAUUUCCGUGUCUGUACACUCUCGAUCACAGAUCCUGGUAAUUCUGACAUUAUAAAAUCUAUGCCAACUGGUGAUCAAGCGUAAUGUACAGUUUUUAAUCCAAUAAAUAAUUCAAAACGUU